CCCCGCAAGGCCAGGGCCCGAGGCGCGGAGCGCGCAGGAUGCGCGGGGCUGCCGCGACCCUCCGUGGCAGGGCUAGGCCCCGCAGGCGGGCCUGGGUCACCACCGCGCCCCCGUGGAGCCGCGCAGCCAUGCCACUGCAGGAGUCCCUGGGCUUCAAGGUGGCCGUGAUUGCCUCCAUCGUGAGCUGUGCCAUCAUCCUGCUCAUGUCCGUGGCCUUCCUCACCUGCUGUCUCCUUAGAUGCAUGAAGAGGAGUGAGCAGCGGCGUUCUAACAGGUCAGCCCAGCUGUGGCACCAGCUGAGAGGUGAGGACCUGGAGACAGUGCAGGCUGCGUAUCUGGGCAUCAAGGGGCUCAACUUCAACAACAGCAACAGCAGCCCGAGGAACCAGCGUGCUCAAGCGCAUGACAAUCACAGCUUCACCAGAGAGCUCGAAGGCAUCCGAGACCUGGACGGUGUGACCCGCAGCGUGGACAAGGACCUCGGGAGCCUUGCACUCGGUGCUGUGAGCCCCAGCGGCCCCUCCAGCAGCUCCCACGCCUGUGUGAUGGUGCACACAGAACAACUUGGACAGACCCUCUCUGCACCUGGGCCAAGCACAGCUCACUUUCCAGGAUGACCACGCUGCCAGGGCCAGUGUCACCAUCCACACUGGGAGAACCAGGCUGACGGACCACCCAGCUGAUCACCCGCAACGGAGCGUGUCUAGCUAGAGACUGGUCUGAGAAGUCAGCCUUUGGGUGGAAGGCCUCCCGGGGUUGCCUUGGUGCUGAGUGCUGGGGGCCCAACGGGGAGUGGUCGGUCCCGAGGAAGCCCAGCUACAGUGAUUUUAUAGUGGUUCAUUCGCAGCUCCUGCUUGGGUUGGCACCGUGGUGCAGCCUCCCUCUAACCAGGGUUCCUUAGAGACUGGGAGACUUUUCAAUCAGAUCUAGUUUUUUGCAUAGUAGAUUAAGAGCAAUAAACUUCCUUUCAGCAACUG